UUUUUCUCUCUCUCGCUCUCUUUUUUAAUUAUUUAUUUCCCGAGUAAACUGCAGUGUUGAUAUAAAAACACUGAUGGUGGAUAAUUUACAGGGCCCCGGGGAGAUUUCAGGAUUAUAAGGUCAUCUUUCUCUCAGCUGCUGCUCUGAAUCCAAAGACAUGGCUCGACCACGGCCGCGGGAAUACAAGGCGGGAGACCUGGUUUUCGCUAAGAUGAAGGGAUACCCGCACUGGCCAGCGAGGAUUGAUGAGCUUCCAGAGGGCGCAGUCAAACCACCUGCCAACAAGUACCCCAUCUUCUUCUUCGGGACCCAUGAAACUGCAUUCUUAGGCCCCAAGGAUCUCCUGCCCUACAAAGAGUACAAAGACAAAUUUGGCAAGUCCAACAAGAGGAAAGGCUUCAACGAGGGCCUGUGGGAGAUCGAGAACAACCCCAGAGUCAAGUUCACGGGUUAUCAGGCCAUCCAGCAGCAGAGUUCCUCAGAAACAGAGGAAGGGGGGAACGCGGCUGACGGCAGCAGUGAGGGCGAGGAAGGCGACUCUGUCGAGGAAGGAGACGACAAGGAAAAGCUGAAGGAAGACAAGACCGGAUCCAAGCGGAAAAAGACGGCCUCCGCCAAGAAAUCCUCCAAGCUGUCCAGGAUCUCAUCUGCAGAGGAUGACAUGGAGAAGGACAGCAAAGACGAUGACCAGAGGAGUGGCUCAGAGGGAGGAGACCCCGACAAUGACAUCAUCAAAAACACCACCGACUGUAAGAACCAGCUGCUCAUAGAAGAACACUGAGUGAAGAAAACAUGAAAGGGAAAUCCUUCCUUGUAGCUGCCAUGUUGGAGAGAUUAAUCCACAACAUGAACUCUCAUCAGCACCGUGUUCUGGCUGCUGCCAUCGUCACCCCCUCCUCUCUGUCCAACUCUUGAGUAUGUACUUGUAAGAAAGAUGCACCCAUACUAAUACUGAUACCAGUGGAUACCAGGGUAAAAAAGGGCAUUAUAACAAUCUGUUGUUUUGUUCUGUGAUUCUGAAUCCUUGUUUAUAUUUUUAAAGGGCU